CCUGCCCCCCGCAACCUGGAGGACCUGGACUCGGUACAGAGCAUCUUGAUGCACAGCGACCUUGAGGCUGAGUGGUCAGACAGUGUGCAGAAAUACGGGGAGCUCUUUUAUCUUGAGCUGAGUGACAGUGAAGAAGAAAGUCUCCUUCCAGAAGCACCAGCUGUGAACCACGUCAGGUUCAGUGAAAAUGAAAUCAUCUUUGAUGAGGAUUAUCUCAGAGAAGGAAGAAAAUAUGAACCCAGACUCAAGAAGUUUUCCAAAAUUUUGAAAAGUCGAAGACUUUUGCCAAAACGUUACAAUAAAAAAACCAGCAAUGGACCAGUAUCCAUCCUAAAGCACCAGUCUACUCAGAAAAUGGGCAUCGUCCUUCAGCAGCGGUACAAGGACGUGUCUGUCUUUGUAAACCCCAAAAAUGCAACAGUCAUGAAAGCAAAAGAACAUCUUAAGCUUCUGGAAGUGUUGCUGGGGAUUAUUCACCAGUCUAAAUGGAGGAGAAGAGCUGAAGGCACCAACAAAGCGAAACUCGUGGUACACGGCUUACUUCCAGGAGGCCCAGCCAUGAAGAGCGGACAAGUGUUGAUCGGUGACACCCUUGCCGCUGUAAACGAUGUGGAUGUGACCUCAGAGAACAUAGAGAGAGUUUUAUCUUGCAUUCCAGGCCCUAUGCAGGUGAAACUGACAUUUGAAAUUGCAAACUCUGGGCAAAAAGAAGCCGUUCAGCCCAAGCAGAAGAAAGCCCAGACAACGUCUAGUGACUUAGUCAGACUGCUUUGGGGUGAAGAGGUCCAGGAUCUUCAGCAGAAUCUCCAAAGCACCCCUCACAUCAUCAUGUAUCUGACCCUCCAGCUGGACUCUGAGGCCUCGAAGGAAGAGCAAGAAAUUCUUUACCAUUACCCAAUGUCUGAAGCAUCUCAGAAACUUAAAAGUGUAAGAGGAAUAUUUCUAACCCUCUGUGACAUGCUGGAAAAUGUAGCUGGGACACAUGUUACCAGCUCAUCACUUUCUUUAAAUGAAAAACUAGUACAUGUGGCUUACUGGAAGGAAGAUGACAAAUUGUUGUUAAUUGGACUUCCUGCUGAAGAGGUUCCUCUUCCUCAGCUGAGAAACAUGAUAGAAGAUGUUGCCCAAACCUUAAAGUUUAUGUAUGGUUCUUUAAACAGAGCAUUCUGUGAGGCUGAGAACAUCGCUCGCUUGGAUCAUUUUUUCAACUUGUUUUUCCAAAGAGCAAUUCAGCCUGAAAAGCUUUACUCCAGGACCAGCACUCAGCCCUGCGAUGCCUCCAGCUCCCUGUUCGUGGACACUCUGCCCGGCGUUCAAUGGCUCACACUUCCACAAGAAACCCAGAUGGAAAUCGACAUGGCGUUAAAUGAUUUGGAGGCGGCCGACUUUGCAGAACUGUCGGAAGAUUACUACGACAUGAGGCGUCUGUACACGAUCCUGGGCUGUUCUCUAUUUUAUAGGGGUUAUUUGAUUUGCAGCCACUUGCCCAAGGAUGACCUGAUAGACAUUGCUGUGUAUUGUCGGCAUUACUGCCUGCUCCCGUUGGUCUCAGAACAAAGGAUCGGUCACUUGGUCAUAUGGAGAGAAGUGUUCCCGCGGCACCACCUUCAGCCCCCUUCUGAACCAGAUUCGCAAGUCUUCCAGGAGCCUGGGGGAAGAUAUUUUUUAUUAAUCGUUGGUUUGAAGCAUUAUUUGCUGUGUGUGCUGCUAGAGGCUGGAGGAUGCGCAUCCAAAGCUGUUGGGCACCCAGGACCCGACUGCAUCUAUGUGGACCAGGCCAAAGCCACUCUCCUGCAGCUGGAGGGAGUAGAGGCCAGCCUCAGUGAGAGACUGGCCUCUCCUUCAAACCCUUGUUUGUCUUGUGCAGACUGGUUCCUUCCCUCAUCCCGAGAUAAACUCGAAAGCUUGACCUCCUCCCCUCUCCUCACCAAGCUCCAACACACGUCUAGGGCCAUCACCUCUCCUUCCAGCCGAAGGAGGCUGUUCAUUGACUACUCUCUAAAGACACGUAAGCUCAGUCCUUCCAGAGGCAGUGGGGGCUCGGAAAAUGGUGCUGAAGGUCCUGGGGAAGGCAGUAGCCCCAGUCCGCACCUGACCCUGGAUCCACUCCACAAGCAGGGAGCCAAGGAAGCUCAGAGUCCUGGAGCUCCACAAGCCAGCAGUGCCUUGCUCAAGGCCACCAAAAAGAAAACUGCUCUUCCAAAUGCUUUUCAUUUAGGAAGGUUGAAAAAGGACCUUUCAGAAAAAGAAAUGGAACUGUUUGGUGCCACAAAGUUGACAUCUGGCACUGAGAACACACUUUUUCACUAUGUUGCCUUAGAAACAGUGCAAGGAAUCUUUGUUACUCCAACUCAUGAAGAGGUGGCACAGCUCAGUGGUUCUAUCCACCCUCAACUAAUAAAGAAUUUCCAUCGCUGCUGUCUCUCUAUUCGUACAAUCUUCCAGCAGUCCUUGAAGUGUGAGAAGAAGAAGACCCUUAAGGUUGAAGGCAAUUCAGAGUCGACUCAUGCUACGUCCUCCCUCAGUCCUGUGAAAGAACAUGGUGUGUUAUUUGAAUGUUCCCCUGAAAACUGGACAGAUCAGAAGAAACCACCUCCGGUCAUGGCUUACUGGGUUGUAGGGAGACUCUUCUUAGAACCCAAGCCUCAAGAACUCUACGUGUGUUUUCAUGAUUCAGUCACUGAAAUUGCCAUCGAACUGGCAUUUAAAUUGUCCUUUGGCUUGGCCACGUGAUUCACCUUCCUUGUCAUCCAGCGACACCGUGGAGCACCCAUCAUUAGAUACACUGAAACCCACUCUGAGAUGACAGCUCUCUUUAAUGUGUCCUGGAAGCAGCAUCAAAUCGUCCCACAAGUCACUGACCAUUCUCAGUAAAUGUAUCAUACCCUUCUUGGUCUGGCAGGACUCUGGAAAGGAUAUUUUAUGUGUAUAGGAAGAUGGAGUUGUUAAUUUAUUGUCAUUAUAUUGUAUGUAUCUUGCUAAAUGUGUUGGUUUGUUGUAUAUUUUGAAAUAAUGUGCACAGAGUUUAAUAUCAAAUUGCCUUCAGGAAGAACAUAUCAUGGAAAAUAUCCCAAAUCAUAGUGUAUUUGCUUUGGGUCUAAUAUUGAUAGGAAGUGUGCAGGACCAGGAGCCAGGUGGCCUGUGUUCUGGUCCUGAUUUUGCCACCAGCAGUAAUAGGCUCCCAACAAGAGACACUACGACACUGUUAUCAUAAGAGUAAAUCACGAGAUUGAGUUAAAUGGAUUCUAAUGUGCCUUCCAGCUAGAGUUCUAUGCCUCUGUUUUCCCAUCAUCUUGAAUAUUGGUCAUUUCCAUCCAGUCUUCUUCCUGAUGGAAGCAUUGAAACCUCAGCAGCUCAGAUCUCCUUUUUCCUGCAAUCAGGAAAUGGUCAGAAUGAAAUCCGUGUAGCACUCCCUCUUCAGGCAUUGGGCCUAAAGAACCAGCUGAUCAGGAGCAGGAGUUUUUCUUUUUCCUGAGCUAUAAUAUAGAUGUUUUUUACACAAUCCUGUUUUUACACAAUUGACACAUUCCUAAAGAGCCAAUCAGCUUUUUGAAAACCAAAUUCUUUAUUGCAUGCAAUCUGAUUCCCAUUUAUAGGAAGCCUUUGGUGAAUCCCACUGGUAAAGUUAACCCCAUUGGUAAAAAUCCUCAAUCCUUGAUUGAUUUGUCUUGCAAGUUUGCACUUGGGUUUUCUUUAAUUAAAUUUAAUUUAAUUUUCUUUAGUAGAAAAGAGUAUUAAGAAGUCUUGAGUCUAGGAGAAUUUCCCCCAAAUGAGACAGUGUGGGGCAAUGAUGGGGCCUGGCAAAGGUGGCAGCCCUCUGAGGCCAUGUGGCCUGUGUGUGGCCUCCUUGGGGCUCAGGGAGGGCCUCCAGGUGUGUUUCUAAAUAGCCUGGGACUGGAGCAGGGCUAACAGGACGCCCACGCUGGAUUCUGUAUCUCCAGCAGCCCCAGCUCACCCUGCUCCUCUUCUGGAACCUCCAAUCAUGGGAUUUUAUAACUGGAAGUAAAGCUCAGAGAUUAUCCAAUUUAUUCAUGUAUUCAGAUGAUUUCAUGUAUGUCACAUAUUGUAUUUGUAGCCUUAGAACCUGGCAUAUAGUAGAAACUUAAUACAUGCUUGUCACUGGGUUGACUGAGGAAGACUGAUCCCCGGUAGAGGGUUAAGUAAGUUGUCCGAGGCCACUAGCUGGUAAAUGUCAGGGUCAGGGUUCUUCCUUCAGAGGGAUGCAUCGUCUGCAACGUGCUGUGUGCCACGGAGACACAGGUCAGAGCCAGGCAGAGUCCUCCCCUCUUUCUCCAGAGCUUAGAGCAUAGAUAGAUGGAUUUCACAGGGCUUAUUGAAUUAAUGACAGCAUUGGGCCAAGGGAAAGCGUCAUGUAGAGGAGAGCCCUGGGCUUGGAGACAGAAGAGAUCUGUCUGAAUUAUACACACUGACAAACACACACCCUCUUGAUUGCUCCAUAUAACCGUGGGCAAUAUCACUUUGAGCUGUUUCCUCUUCUCUAAAACUGGGGUUAACGACCCCUUUGCUAUUUACCUCCCUGAAUAGUCAUGAACAUCCAUGAACAUCGAGUGAAAUCAUGUUUGUAAAAGGUGUGCCCUGCCUCUGCCUCUCUAAAGAAAGGUCAACAAUUAUAAUCAUUCUCAUUGUAUCUUUGAGAAUACUUUUUAAAAAAAAAUGUAUUUAAUGAAAUUUUGUUCUUUACAAUGGCUUUUGGAAACAGAAAGAAAAAAAGUAUCCCCAUUUAUAUCCAGCUGCAGACCAGCAUGUGAGGACAGUUGUUAAAAACACAGCCAGCAUCAUUUCGGUUUUUGAUUCCCAAGUGGUCAGUGAAAGAAGUUCUCUCUGAGCAUCCCUGCAUUGAAGAGGGCUGUCUCUAUUUACCCCUGAAACCAGAACCUUUGACAGACACAGCCAGACUGCAGCUCUGACUGACCCGGCAGUUUAUUCAAGGGUGAAAAGGGUCAAUUUGGCAGUGUACACUCUAGCUGAAAAAAGAGACACAUAGUUCCUUGGGACAAUGUGAAAAACGUUCUCAGACUAAGAUAUUACAUGUCCCAGCAAGUCCUUGGACCUCCAAGGAGGUGACUGCAUAUAAAUGCGCUGCAGAACGUUCUUUUUUUAACCCGCAGCUUUAUGUGUCACGUACUGCUGAGCACAGAUCAGGAUUUUUCCAUCCAAGAAUCACAAUUACUUUACAGCUUUACCCCAUGUCUCUGAGCUGCUCCCUGGAAAGUGAUCAGCCUUGAACUGUGCCGGUCCUUGCCUUUCAUUUGGCUUUGGAAAGACUGAUAAAUAUGUAGGAGCCUGGAAAUGAGCCCAGCAUCAGUGUUUUUCCAUCCUCUAGAACAAGAAGAGGAAUGUGGCCAAGCUUAUAAGUUGGUACCAUGGCUUUGGCAAUUCCAGAAGGCACAGGUGUGGUUAAUCACUUGUUUGUCACUGAUGUAAGGGUCUUUGGUUCGUGGACCCUGGAGUCAGGCCAACUGGUUCUUGAAUUUCUUGUGUCACCAAAAGAUGUGAACAAGUGAUGGAUUGUUUCUCUUUUAUCUUUAGUACCUACAAAUGAUGUGGAAUGUAACCAUCAGGUAAACUUUUUAAAAAUAAGAAAUGUUAACAGUUUUGAUAUUUUCAUGUAUAUUUAAUAGAAAAGUGGCAUUUUGAAGAAAUUACUAUAAAUUGUUACCUCUAAAAUAUGGCUUUCUGUGUGUGAAAUAAUUUAAUUUUGCAUAGCUCUAUUUCUCUAACCUGUAUGAAAAGCUAUUUUUAUAUUUUCUCAGUUGUUUUUAAUAAAGAUAAGCU